AUGGACGGCCACGAUCUCGUCCUGAACUGGCGCGGUGACGUUAUCGAGAACAGUCAUAUAGUCCACGCUGCCAUCGUCGACAGCGACAACAACCUCCUCUACUCUCUCGGCAACCCAUCUCGUCUAACACUGGCACGUUCAGCUGCAAAGCCUUUCCAAGCAUUCGCAAUUCUCGAGACCGGAGCAGCAGAGAGAUUUGGAUUCGAUGAAGCCGAUGUAGCUUUGAUAUCUGGGUCCCACAACUGUGAAGACAAACACAUCUCUCGCGUCACUGCCAUGUUGCAGAAAGCCGGUGUGACUGAACAAGACAUGAAUUGCGGUGGUCACCCUGCCCUUUCAAAGGUCGUCAAUGCUGGAUGGGUAAAGUCAGAAUUCAUACCUACAGCAACCUAUAGCAAUUGCUCUGCCAAACACGUAGGCAUGCUCGCCGCUGCAAAGGCUCUUGGUGCUGGAACAAGAAACUACAAUGACCCAUCACAUCCUGUCCAACUGAAGAUCAAACAAGCACAUGAAGAGCUCGCCGACCUGAAACCUGAGGAACUUCGCUGGGUCAUUGAUGGGUGCAACGCGCCAUCGCCAGCAUUGCCUCUCAAAAAUUUGGCGUUGAUGUUCGCGAGACUAGCGCACGCGGCAGAUGAAAAAGACGGCAAUUCUACUCCUGGACCACCAACACAAAAUCUAGCACGGAUUUAUCAUGCAAUGACAGCACAUCCAGACAUGAUUGCUGGAGACUCACGCUUCUGCACCGACUUCAUGCGUCUCUUCUCCGGAGCUUUGGUAGGCAAAUUAGGCGCAGAAGGCUGCUAUGGGGUUGGCAUCCGAGAUUGUGAUGCUACGAGGCGUCUAGGCGCUAAGGGCGGGUUGGGCAUUGCAGUCAAGAUUGAGGAUGGCAAUAUUGAUAUGCUGUAUGUGGCGCUGAUGGAGAUACUCACCCGAUUGGAUAUCGGCACGGAGCAGAUCAGGGAGGAGUUGAAGAGAUCGUAUUGUACAUUGCCCAAGAACACAAUGGGUAUCGUGACAGGGCACACGUCUUUCAAGAUGGACCUCAAGAAAUACAGCUAA